GUACUGCCAGUGCAGCAGUUAACACAAUUGUGGUGCUUUUUAGCCUUGGCGGCGUUUGCAGAGCUGUAAUUCUACCUUUUACUUUAAUGUUCCCGAACACAACCCACAACAUAAGUAAACCAUACCUCCCUUCUUCACUUCUUCGAUCAACUUCUAUCUCCAAAAAUCAUUUUGAACCUGGUGAAUUCGGCAUACUAUUUUCAAUUUUCUUAAAAUCUGCUUCUCCUAUGACUUUUGCUACUUUCGUUUUGAUAGUAGUGAUCUCGGUAAGAGUAUUAGUCUAUCACUUUGCCUCUUCAACAAAUUUAAAAUAGUUAGGCUGCACCUUCUUAAAAUUAUCUUCACACAAGUUUCAGCUACUAAUAUACUACUUUGCCUUUUUUCCUUCCAGCUAGCACUCUAAAAUUACUUCAGCUUCACACCCUUAUCAUCAAAAUAGUGCAAAUAACACAAGUGUACUAGCUACUUUUUGAUUUCUAACUCAUUUUUAUAAAAAAAAAAAAAAAAAAAAAAAAAAAGAAAGAACUUGAACUUCCUUUUUUGAGACCAUAAAUGAAGAAAACCCCACAGAAAUCAAAGGGGUACAAACAUAAUGUUUGGGUCAUAAUCAACGUAACGCCAGCGUUGGUGCACUUGUGCUAUGGAUUCUGAUCAGUGUUUACAUGAAUUAAGCUUAUACAAAGAAGGAUCAAAGACGGGAAAAUGGCUAAUUUCUUUUCGCUAGGUGCAGGAAGUGGAAACCAAGAGCAACAACAACAACAAGAAAUUAGCAGCUGCCACCGUAGCAACAAUCAUAACCCCGCAGUACCCACGGAGAUCAGCCAAGAGAGUUGGUUCUUGUACAGAAAUGAUCAUAAUAAUCAAGAAAUACCAACCACUUAUAAAGGCUUCGAGCUAUGGCAAAGUGAUACUACAACUCAACACCAACCUGAACAAAACCAACACCAACAACAACAUCAGUUUCGUCACCCAAUAUAUCCUUUGCAAGAUUUUUAUUCCACUGCUGUUGGAUUAGGUGUGGGUCCAAGCCGAAGUGGCUUCGAUUUAUCUGCAGGUGAUCAUGAGGCAUCAAGGUCGGGAUUCAUGAUGAUGAGGAGUGGUGGAGGAGGAAUUAGCUGCCAGGAUUGUGGGAACCAAGCUAAGAAAGAUUGUCAACAUAUGAGGUGUAGGACUUGUUGUAAGAGCAGAGGGUUUCAGUGCCAAACUCAUGUGAAAAGCACUUGGGUUCCAGCAGCUAAAAGGAGAGAAAGGCAACAACAACUUAUGGCUUUGCAACAAGAAGGACAUAAUAAUAAUAACAAUAAUAAUAAGUCUAAAAGGCAAAGAGAGGAUCCAAGUACUUCUUCUCUUGUUUCUUCUCGUUUGCCUUCCACCACUACUGGGUUAGAAGUGGGAAAAUUUCCGGCAAAAGUAAGUACAAGUGCAGUAUUUCAGUGCAUUCAAAUGAGUUCAAUUGACGACGCUGAGGAUCAGUUAGCAUAUCAAGCCGCUGUGAGCAUUGGUGGACACGUAUUCAAAGGAAUUUUAUAUGAUCAAGGUCAUGAAAGUCAGUACAAUAACAUGUCUGCAGCCGGUGGCGAUACUUCUUCUGGUGGUAGUGCUGGAGUUCAGAACCAUCAUAAUUCCACUGCAGUGGCCACCGCCAUUACAAGUGGCGGUGCUGGUACUGCAGUGCGGCCAACCGAAGCCUCGAAUUUUCAUGAUCCUUCAUUAUUUCCAACUCCCCUUAGCACGUUCAUGGUAGCUGGUACGCAAUUUUUUCCACCUUCAAGAUCUCCUUGAUCAUCAAAAGUACUUUAAUCACCGAAUAUUGACAUUGAGUUUUCUUUUUAUUACGUGAAGAGAUUCUAGGAAUAAUAGGAGAGAAACGAAGGUUGGGGUGGUGUCUGGUUUUUUGUUGAAAUAUCGAUGUAGAAUUGAGUUGUUUACAUUAAUUCUCUUUUUGAAUUCUACAUAAAGUUGUUAUUUUUCUUUCUUUGGGGCUGAA